AUCGGUUACUAUUUAUAUAUGAACUAAUCGCAAUGCCCAGACAACUUAUUGCCAGAAUACGAGAAAUAGGUGAAACAAAAGCGACUAAGCCAUAGACAAUCUAGGAUUUAUUGCGAAAUAAGUUUAUAGGAUAACAUGGUAUUAAAACACGGAUCUCUCAUAGUAAUUAUAGCGCUUUAAUAGAACAGUUUUUCUGUUUACCAAUCAACUUUAAUAACACGAUUUACUUAUUUACAAAGUAGACAAAAUAAUGCAAAGCGAGACAUCAGGAAAGCAUUGAGUCAUUGCAAUGACACUGUAAACAGCUCUGAGGAAAAUAAGAAACGGCUUUUUAAUAGCAAUUGCCGUUGAAGAUUAUUGCGAACUAGACGCUGAUGAUAACAUACAUAGAUAUUGGGGAGAGGUUGAUAUCCUUAGGCAAGUUUUCCGUUCAGACGAGUGCACUUUACUAAGAACUGAGAUGGACGGAUUCUCGUACCACAUAGCGAUUUUCACACAAGUUAUCGUAUUAGUUGCGUGUGAUGUUAGAGUUACUUUACGUACAGAGAUACUACCAACUCCCGAAAAUGAUGCUACUACCAGCAUUGGUGUUUCUACAAAUCUCAGUGCAACGACCGACAUUCCAAACAUUACCACCUCAAACUCAUCCCCAUUCCCCAAAGUCACAACAUUGUCCACCAGUAACGUCACCGCAAAGACAACAACCAAGGAUCCGAUGUGUAAGUAUCCUCCUGCACCUGACCCUGAAAGCCGCGCAAGACUCCACUGGUAUAUCUGCAACUGCUUACCAAGCAGGCUCUGUCCAGCCGAAGAUAUAAUGAAUGAAACAAACAAAGAUAAACUCCUUCGACAUCAGCAAAGGAAGAAUACAUGGAUUCGGGUAGACAUGCCGACCGCCAUUAUAACCUUAGUCCUGUAUAGCGCCAUGUGGAUCUUGGGGGUUGGGGGUAACAUACUUGUAAUCAUUACGAUCGUGAGAUUUCUGAACAAGAAAAGUGUCACAAAUAUAUUCCUGGCUAGUUUGGCAUCAGCGGAUCUGAUGCUGUUGUUGCUGUGUUUACCUGUCAAGGCAUCGGAGUUUAUUUAUGAGGCGUGGCUGUUGGGGGACGUGGCCUGUAAAAUCGUGUACUAUGUGCGAGAUGUCUCGUUCGCAUGUUCCAUAAUGACACUAACUGCAAUGUGCUUUGAAAGAUAUUUUGCCAUAUGUGACCCGAUGAAAGCGCAUUACAUCAGCACACCUGGCAGAGCAAGAAAAACUGUGAUUGUAGUUUGGCUUUUGUCAUUUAUCAGUGUUAUUCCGAGUCUACUGAUAAUGGAGACAGCCCCAACUGAAUAUGAAGGAGAAGAAGUGUGUCGCACGGCCAGUGACAUUAAGAUUCUUUAUAUGCACCUUUACGCCAACUAUCUUCUUGGUAUAUUCCUGGUUGCACCAUUUGUGUUUAUGAUCUAUGCGUAUGGACGCACGUGUUAUGAGCUUUGGGUCAGCACGAGGAAUGCACAACGCAUGAGCGGACUCAGACAUCCUGUAGAGAGUCACCUCCAUAGCAGGUGGAACACAAGGUCCGUGAAGACAGUGGUCAGAAAAGGAGACGAUCUGUUAAACAGAAAAAGGGUCAUCAAAAUGCUUAUAGUUGUCGUCUUGAUCUUCUUUUUCUCUUGGGGACCGAUCACAUUGUAUACGGUUAUCAGCCAGUUUGGAGUGGGCUUGCUGAAAUAUUACCAUAUAAAACAACGCCUCAGAUUGUACCUGGCAACGCUCGCAUAUAUGAACAGCUGUUUAAAUCCCGUUGUCUACGCAUUCAUGUCCAGCCACUUUCGCAUAGGAUUCAAGAAGUGUUUCUAUUGCUUUGUGAAGAAGCGCCCUCGAACGAAACACGGAGGGCACUCGACCAGUGACUUCAGAGCACACCACAAUGGUUCCACCCUAGAUAUGGUGUUAAUUAACACGUCAGGGACGCAGCUAUACUCACAGAACAGUCAACAACAAAAUGAAAGCACCUGUUUAUGA